AUGAGCAAUCCCGACGGUCGCAUCUCUACGCCUUGGCUACUGAGUGAAAUAACCUCCCGACUUGAAGCCGCGGAGCGAGCUGCACGCGAGCAUCAAGAAGCACGAGAACGCGCCGAGGCUAUGCUCGCUGCGGUAGAGUUGCAUGAGAAGGCAGACAUCAUCGCAGACGCGCAGAAAGCGAUGGAGGAAGCGGAGAGGAGAUUCGAGGAGCAGAUUGCGAACUUAUGUGACCAGGUCGAAAAGGCAAAGGACAAUGCUGCGAAGGCAAGGACCGACUGCCACAAGACCGAGCACUUACUACAAGAAUGGAUUGAUAAGUCUAAAGCGGACAACCAAAAACGUCUGCGUGCGGAGAACGUGCUUGCUAAACUCCAGGCCGAACACGCCGCGCAGCAAGAUCUAAUCUCGACACUCGAACGCAGCGUUGCAAGUAGUCUUGACCGCAUCAAGACUCUGGAGAAUGAUCUGGCGUCGGCUCAGGCGCAAACCAGUACUCAAAGUGGCGACGGCGACGCGACCUUGGAUGUCCCUCUUGCUCGUGGAGCGAACCAGGCUCAACACGGCGCGACGUCUGACCAGGGUGAUCCAAGGGCUGGGAGGAAUGCAAAGAGGCCAGUGAAUGGAGACGGCCAUGAAGAAUCGACGGUAGCAAGCCAGCCAGCCAAGCGCGCUAAGACAUCUACGCGAGCGGAUACAGCGCAAGUCACCCUGUCAAAUGAAGCAGAGCAUGCGCACGAUCGACAUUCUUCGCCGCCAAUGGAUCAAGUACAAUCGCUUGCUCGGCGAGCGUCCGGCCUCGCCGCAACCAUCACUCCUCGGUCCACUAAGCUCAGUAUCAAGAACUAUGUCACUGGCCCUACUCGGACGAUCUGGGACAACCACUGCAAAGUUGGCCUACGACCUUUCAUACAUAAAGGGCGCGCAUAUGAGGUGGGGGAUGUCGUCAUGGUGAAGAACCCUUACCGUUCGUGGUCUUGCAGGGGGCGACCCUUCAAUAGCCCAGGUGCCAUGCCCGAUAGGUUGAUCGGUGUACUAUGCGACUAUACCAUGUACAUUGAGGUCGACAGCGAGAAAAAGCCAACAUCAUCGUUAGAAUUGGGAAAGGAUGUCGUGACAUAUUUUCGUGUAGCGUACUUAACAACGCCGUACGACAUAGCAGAUCCCCAAAACGAAGGGACUGAAGAGUUCGAGAGUCUCGAUUCGCUCGUCGAUAAUCUCCAAGCUCUCGUUAGGAACCCUCGAGACGCCACAGGUGGUCUAACUCUUGGCUUCGGGCGUUACGCGCGUUACGAGUCCUUCGCUAUUUGCUCGGACGCUACAGUGAUAUUUGAUAAUGUGCUUCUCGGCCAUGUCGAUCCGCUCGACGUUGGAACAGGCCCCAGUUCGAAGCGCCCCAUUGUCGUCAAUUGGUCUGGCCCCGCCCUGAUAGAAUUUAUCUCGGAGAGGUAUGAUAAGAACAGAGGACGUUUAGGUUCGCCGUGCACAGCUUUAGUGAAGAGAUCCGGUGUCCCGGAUGGUGUGCUCCCGGACGGUUGGGUGGACGAAUAG